CAUCUAUUCUUAGCUUGUCAUGUGACCUUUACAUUUUGGUAGAAACGUGCCUAAUUCAGUGAUUUUACAGAUAUUUACAUCCCUAAACUUAUCCUAAAAAUUGAUUAAAAGAUUUACUACAUUACAUAUUAUUAACGAUAAACAAUAAAAAUGAAAAAGAAGGUACUUUUGAUGGGAAAAAGUGGUUCGGGAAAAACCAGUAUGAGGUCAAUCAUAUUUGCUAAUUAUAUGGCCAGAGAUACAAGACGUUUGGGAGCAACAAUUGAAAUUGAACAUUCGCACGUACGAUUUUUAAAUCUGGUACUAAAUCUCUGGGAUUGCGGAGGGCAACAGGCUUUUAUGGAAAAUUAUUUUCAAGCUCAAAGAGAUAACAUUUUUCGCAGUGUAGAGGUUUUGAUCUACGUCUUUGAUGUUGAGAGCAGAGAAUUGGAAAAGGAUAUCAAUUAUUAUCAAACAUGCCUUGAAGCUCUCUUACAAAAUUCACCAAAUGCUAAAGUUUUUUGUUUAAUUCAUAAAAUGGAUUUAGUUCAAGAUGACCAAAGAAGCAAAAUUUUUACCGAACGAGAGAAUGAUUUGAAAUUACUAUCACAACCAUUAGAUUGUACCUGUUUUGCUACUUCAAUUUGGGACGAAACUCUUUAUAAAGCUUGGUCAUCUAUAGUUUAUCUAUUGAUUCCUAAUGUACGACAAUUGGAAUCCAAGCUAAAUGAAUUCGCAAAUAUUAUUGAUGCUGAUGAAGUUCUUUUAUUUGAGAGAGCGACAUUUUUGGUCAUUUCGUACGUUCAACUGAAAAAGCACAAAGAUAUUCAUCGUUUUGAAAAGAUCAGCAAUAUCAUCAAGCAGUUUAAGCUCAGUUGUAAUAAAAUUGCUACUCAAUUUAAGAGUAUGCAAAUUAGACACUCGAGUUUCGCAGCCUAUAUAGAUGUUUUUACUCCAAAUACUUAUGUUAUGAUUGUUAUGUCAGAUGAGAGUGUUUUAUCGACUGCAACUUUAAUGAAUAUUUCUAAUGCAAGGAAACAGUUUGAAAAAUUAGAGAGAUCUGACCCGAGUGGCAGUCUUUUGAAUCACUAA